AAUCGGAUUUGCUGAGCAUCAGUCUGCCGAGAGCUGUCGUGUCACCUACGACCACCGGAGCCUUCGUCAUGCAAGCAUCAGGCACACUUGUGUGGUGUUUACUUGUGGCAGUGAUAUUCACUCCGAGAGUGAAUGGCUGCGAAAGAGGCUUCAUGGGCAGUUGGAAUUUCAACGGACUACGGCAAUUACUACAGAACAAUCAAACCAAUGAAUUCAGGAAAGAAGCAGAGAUGCGACGUGGAAUAAAAGCACCCACUCUCCAGGACUUAACGAAUAUGUUCAAUGCCAUACAUGUUGGCAAACGCCCUCAUUACAUUCAAGAUAAUAAGUACGUCAUGAAUGGCAAUACAACAGGGAACUUUUCCUUAUCUAAUGGAAACACAGGGAGUUAUGAAUCGCUGUUGUUUGGAGUGUUUCAAAUGGAUGGUAAAACAACAACCCAUUCAACGCUGGAGUUCAGUUUUGUCAGGAAUAAAGUAGGCUCAUAUGAAUACGAAGCUGGAACUUCGUUCUUCACGCAUGUACAUUAUAUCAAAGGAGACAACUAUGUCAAUUUCCAAGCAUCGACCUUAGCAGCGAUUCUGAUAAAACUGCCGACAGGUAAAUAUGUUCUUCACGGAAACUACACCGGACUCUCGCAAGGUAAUGCCGUCGUGUCUCACCAGACAAUAACAGAAGAAGUGAAUACAGUUGCCAUUCUUCAUCAUUCGCAAUACUUCUCUAAAACUGAGAUCAAUGUCAGCGGGAAGGCCGAAGAGGAACAUUUUACACAGACGGCAGACAUCGCUUCCAUGACAGGAGGCACAAAUGGAACCUUGAAUGUUUAUGGCACUUUGCCGUCUGAGGACUGCCUGAUGACAACUUCAAAUGGACUCCUUAUCAACCCUGACAAAGAAGCUGCUUUGCAAGGAUAUGUUGUUGGUUGCUUCAAGAGAAAUGCCUCGAAAGCUUUAAGUGAUACAAACUUGCCUGGCAUCUUUUCCGUCUCUCGCUUAGCCGCAGAUCUUUACCUUCCUUAAAACUUGAACAAAAGAGAUACAUAUUCUAAUUUAUUACAAUAGUGUUAGUUCGAUACCAGUUAUGUUCUACGUUUAUGGGCAAAAUAUAUGAAACACAUGUCCUGUUCAAUAACACUUCGAUGAUACCAUUGGUCUCAAUUCAGUCUUAAAAGCAACUUUUCACAGUACCAUUGGUCUCAAUUGAGUUUGAAAAA